UUUAAUUAUCAAAGGAAAAUACGAGAAAAUAAAGUAUGUAUUUACUUGGGUAGAUACAAUGGCCUUGGGCCAUAACAAUCAAAAAGCCUAACAAUUUAAAUAUUAUACUAACUUGGGCUUCCAAUUAAAUUGAGCCCAAGACUAUUAAAUUAAUUUAGAAGCCCAAUUUCUUUCCAAACAAUUGGGAGCAAGCCCUAAAGCCUUUCUUCUUCCUCUUCCUCACAAUGUGGUCGACGGCUUCUUCACAAGGAGACCCUCCAAUUUCCACUCCUUCCACCUUCUAUCUUCCACCAUCAAUGCCCACAAACCAAGAGUCACCACCACUUCUCAAUUUAUGCUCUUCUCUAACUCCUCACAUUACACAACACAAAAAAAAAAAAAGAGUGAGAAAACCGAGAGAGAGCCAAGAGAAAGCAAGAGGAGGAGGAGUUCAUUUUCACCAUUCUUGUCCAUCCACCACCAAAUCCAACCAUUCUUGAGGUGGUUCGCACGGCCGCUAAAGUCGGAACGAGAAGCUACUUAAGGAAAACUCUAAGCUUUUGAGAUGGCGAUCAUGAUCCAUGCACCGCUAAGGGGGAGGUACGUCAAGAAUGGACUGCGGGCGGUGGAAAUGAUAUCUUAUGUCGCAGACUACUUGACACUAUGGCGGGAUGCACAUGGCUGUGGAGUGAGGCACUAUGAGGGGAUUAAGAGGUUGAUUGAUGGACUACCGGCGCCUUGGAAUAGGUGGGCCGACGAGGCUUCAUGGUCAUACAUUUGGCAUAAGCUCCCCGACUAUAGUAUGCAAGGAGACAUGCAUGGUUUUGUGAAGGUCCUCUUGGAAGCCCUGGUCGAUGCUCGUGACGGACCGCCACCCUAUGCCCCACCUAGGAAGGAGGCAUCCUCAUCGAGUCGCAGCCCCUACAGCAGGGGUCGGUACGAGGGUGAGACGCUGCAACCAAACUUCCCCAAGAGGAGGAGGCUUGGGAUACGCACCUCCGCACCUCCCGCGAUGGAAGUUCUUGUGGUCGAUAAGCAUAUCGACGUCGCUACUUAUGUGAGGGAGAACGAUGAGGAUGAGGAGGAAUAUCCUCUUGAAGAUGAGGGAGAACCUCUUGAAGACGAGAAGGAUCCCAUGGAAGAUGAGGAUGACCCCGAAGAAGAGCCCCUUGGAAGGGAGGUUGAGGUUGAAAGUGAGGAAGGGGCGAAUUAUGAGAGAGCUCCCGAGGAGUAGUGUUCUUUUGAUGUUUGUUAGCUUUUGAAUGUUUUGUUUUGACGAA